CAAAAUGGAUAGUAGUGAUAGCGAUACAUAGAAAUUGAAAGAACGUAAACCUAAUCCAAAACCGUAGCUGAAGAUUUUCUCCUGAAAACCCUAAUCAACAAUGUCUCAUCGAGACUCCGAUUCGAAGCGUCGCCAUUCGAAGUUCGAUCGAGAACCAAGUCCCAAGAGACAUAGAAGGGAUAGGGAAAGAGUAACGUCAAAUGACGGAGGAGUGGAUCGGGAACAGAGAAACCUACCGCUGUCAAAUCGUUCUUCUAAGCAUGAAACUACUGAUGGUUCUCAUAAGAGAUUGGAUCCAAUUGAUCACUCUGAGCCGUCUAAAUAUUCGUCGCAACCGUCGAGAUCUCGGUCUUAUUAUCAGGUUGGUCGAAGCGCUGGUCAAAGGGAAGCAGAUGGAAAAGUCUAUGCUCAAAGUAAAGAGAAUAAUCAAAGGGUGGAGACAAGUCAAAGUAGAGAGCAAAGAGAUGAGAAAUCACUGGCUAAAGUGGAUGAUAAAUUUCAUAGAAGAGACACUUAUCCAGAAAGAAAAGAUGAUCCAACACCUUCUUUGAGGAAAAGGCCAGCAUUUAGGGAGAAGAAAAUUCCAGUGGAUUCGGGAGAGGUUAAUCCAGCUGGGACAGUGACAGUAAAGUCAAGCCAUACCGAUCACCCUUCAGAAAGGAAUGAAAGGAAGGAGGAUAGAGGCAGCAACCCGAACCAUUUGGAUAGAUCUGAGAAGCUAAUUGUAGAUGACAGAGCACCCUACAACAGAGAAGUUAGGAGGGACGGCUUUUCAUCAAGAGGAAGGUAUGGUGGAAAUGGAGGCAAUAGCAAUUAUAGAGGAAGAGAUAAAUUUAAUGGAAGACAAGAUUAUCAUCCUAUCAAGACUGAAACUGAGAAGUGGAAACAUGAUUUGUAUCAAGAGGUUAACAAGGACCAAAUUGCUAAGAAUGAGGAUGAUCAGAUUGCAAAGCUGGAAGCACUCCUAGCUUCUUAAUAUCACAUUGUAGGCAGUAAUUGGUAAGCUUGUUAAGGUUGUUUUCAGAAAUCAAAUCAUUAUUUCAACACAGGGCAUAUGGGAUAAUUUCCAAAGACUACCAAUUUUCACGAUUUCUUUAUCUUUCUGGUUUACAUCUUUUAGUUUUAUGACAUGUAUUGCAGCCAAAUUGCUUAUUAUGAUAUCAAGUCAUUGCUAAAUUCAACGUAGUAAUUUCAACGUAAUAAUUUGGUCUGAUACUUGCAAGUCAUCAAUUUUCGCAAAUAGGUUAGCAUAAUUAUCCCCAAUGGCCGAGGAGGAUCAUAUUUUGAAGCUGGAAUGAUUCUUGAUUUCGAUGGGGAUCAUUCACUAUGCAACUCGCAACCACAUAGCUUGUUUUACUAUGCAUUUUCCUAAUCCGUCUGCAUUAUUGUUUUACUAUGCUUUUUUCUAACCCGGCUACAUUACUGUUUUACUUUGCUUUUUCCUAACCCAUCUUUUGAUUUCUAUUUUUAGUGAUAUAAUAUAAAUAGAAAAGUGGAUAUAUGGUUUCCCUCUACCACAUGUUUUCUCUUAUAAGUAAGCUUCUUUUACCAAAUCUUAUAAAUAAGCGUAGACGCGCACACAAAAAACGUGAGCAUGAAAAAAUUUC